AUGGGGUGGCUUCGGCUCAAUCGUGAGCAUGCUAUCUCACUCUCUGCUUCUCAAGACAACUCCACUUCUUACGACAAGCCCGCUCUACAUAAAGACGCCAUCUCAAGUCAUAUCGAGCACCUCCACGCCGAUGAAACAGAGACACGAUUGUAUCCAGCAGUAGCAGAUACCCUACCUGACGACCAACUUCCUUUUAUACCCGCCCAUACAGUCCUCAAUGUUAGCUCAGGAAGCAGCAGAAUCUGGAUCGUCAUCGACAACAUCGUCUACGACUGCACCGACUUCAUCUUUGAUCAUCCGGGCGGCAGCACGGUGAUCAAGAGUUUCGUGGGCAAGGACUGCUCUUGGCAGUUUUGGAGGUUCCAUACUAGAGAGCAUAUGAAGGAAUUUGGAAGGAAGUUGAGGAUCGGCAGGACAGAAGGUGUGAAGAAUCCGUUCAAGGAACCUGCAAGGUAUGUGGGAUUGAGAAGGCUAGGGGAGGUAGACAAGGAGUGGGAUUGA